AUGGCACAUCGCAGCCUAUGGAUAGCCAGAAACAUGAGCUGCGUCCAGCGGGGAAGAAGAAGCGCUCCUGUCCCCUCCGGAGCGCACAGGACAGCUGGUAAGGCUGUUUGUUCUCAGGCUGAACAUGAGAGCACCGACUCUGCUUCAGGCAUCUCGCACUCCCCCGUCACGCUGCCACAGCUUUCACUUCCUCCAGUCAAAGGUCACGGGGUCAGCGGCCCGGCCCAGGGUCAGGUGCUGCUCUGGGUGCUGCUCUCUCUGCUGCCUCUAGUGGAAGGAGCUCAUAUGAAAGCUGGUUCAGCUGGUGUGGGAUCAGACUCGGGCCACGCUGUGGGCCUGCUGGCAGGCCAGGAGGAGAGAGAGCUUCCUGUGACGCUGCCAGAGGUGGUUCAGGACGAAGAGCAGGAAGACGACAGUGAACCUUACUCUACUUGGCACACUCUAUAUGACCCCUUUGUAAUAGAAGAGGCGGAUGACCAUCCCAGUAGUCGCUGGGCGGGGCGCUCUCCACGCUCCUCUAACCCCUCAGAACCUCCACCCAAGGGAUCACCAAAGAAAAAGAAGAAGAGGAAGAAGAAAGAAAAGGAGGAAGAGGAAGAGACGGGAAGAGCGGAUAGAAAGGGUAAAGGUAAGAGCAGACAGCCGAAGCAAAGCAGCAGGGACUGCCGUGUGGAGAAGAAAGAGAUGAAGGUUCGGGACCUGGGCCUGGGGUUUGACUCGGACGAGAUUGUCCUCUUCAAGUUUUGCGUCGGCUCCUGCGAGUCUUCAAGAACAAACUACGACCUGGCACUGAAGGCGCUGCUGGAGAACGGCUCGCUGCCCCGGCGUACCGCCCGCAAGGUCAGCAACCACCCCUGCUGCCGGCCCAACCGGUACGAGCCGGUUUCCUUCAUGGACGCGCAGACCACGUGGAGGACUAUCCAGUCGUUAUCAGCAGCCAGCUGCAUGUGUAUGGGCUGA